AUGAUUUGUGUUCCAAUCUUGAUCAAUGUCGUCAUUUUGACCGUUGUCACUAUUCUUAUUUUCAACACUCAUGUAAGUUUUCUAAAGAGCAUAUGAAUAAAUAAACAAUUUGUUCAAAUCUAGAACUCGAUCGCUCUCACUGUCUGCUAUUUGAUCUUGGGUGUCUUCUUCAUCAUUUUUGUUAAAACCAUCUUCGAACUCUGCCGUUCGCCAUUCGAACUUCCAGCGGAUCCAACUCCAAGACGCCGCAAUGAUCAACAAGAUUUGGAGGAGAAUAGAGAAGAGGAGGCAAUCGAAAUGGCUGAACGUGGCGGCGCCAACAAAGACGAAGAGGUAUAUCCAGUUUUUUUUCUCGAUUUUUUAUUUAAUAAUCUUUUUAAUUUUCAGAUCGAACAAGAUAAGGCUCCCGAGACCAAUCAACAACCAGAAGAAGCUGCUUAA